AUGAACCUGGUUGUGUGCGGGAGUGAUGGAUCAGUGAAGUCCUCCAUAUCAGAUCUGAUACUGGGUGAGAGAGAGUUCAGUGCAGAAUCCAGUUCAGUGUGUGUGAGGAGGGAGGCAGAAGUAUGUGGACGUCUGAUCUCCCUGGUGGAGCUUCCAGCUCUCUACAGCUCUCAGCUCUCAGAGGAGGAAGUGAUGCAGGAGACUCUCCACUGUGUCUCUCUCUGUGAUCCUGGAGUUCAUGCUUUUCUCUUCAUCAUUCCUGAGGGACGUCUCACUGAUGAAGAUAAAGAAGAACUGGAGAAGAUCCAGAGAAUAUUUGGAUUGAAAUUGAACAGCUACACCAUAGCCUUCAUCAGUACAGAGAAUCUGAAGGAUGCAGUGUUGGAUGAUGUUAUUAGGGAUGUAGCUGAAUCUGGUAAAGAACAUGUUUGUGUUUUGGAAACCAACAUAGACAAGUCAGUGUUUCUGCAGAAAGUUGAACACGUGGUUGAGAAAAACAGUGGAAGCUGCUACACAUCUAACAUGUAUGCAGAAGCUAAGGGGGAAACACAGCUGAAAUACAAAUCUGAGAUUGAAGAACUGAAGAAAACAAUCAAUAAUCUCAAAGAAGAAAAUAAACACCAGACUCAAGGGAACACGUGA